AUGGAACAAUUAUUACCAAAAAAUCAAAUAUAUCUCGAUGAAGAAGUUAAAGAAGAAUACCCAACAGUGGCUCUAGGGGAAGAAGGUAACUCAUUCAACUUCAGGCAACUCAAAAACAUUAGGCCUCUCUGUUUUCAUUGCGGCGAUCGUAACUUGAGCUACGGACAAAAAUAUUUCUGGCACAGAUGUGCAAGUUUCAAGCACUUUUAUUGUUACUAUUGCUUCGACUUUAGCCUCAAACGAUUCACGCACACUUGUAUAGGAAAUGAACCGAUUUUGGACGAGUGCAAGACCAUCGAACAUUUGCUUUGCGGCAAAAUUAAGUUUGAAUGCAAGUGGGAGGGUUGCAAGAAAAUUUUUUGCGGCUCAAACCUCAAAAAGCACGAAAUGAGCUGCGAUAAACAACCUAAAAGAGAAUGUCCUGUGCAAGAUUGUCAGUGGAGUGGCAAGCUAGAUGAAAUGGGAAGGGAACACUUCAAACAGCAUGAAGAUAGCAAAUUGAUUCUGCGAAACGUCGUGUUGAAAUUCGAAUCGGACAAAACCUAUUAUUUGUUGAUAUUGGGGAAGUUUGUAAAAGUUGAAUAUUCGACAGAAGAGUUGGGUGAAGUUUACGAGCAUAAUGUGGAUUUGGGAGUUUGCAAAGACACAUUGAACGGUGUCAAGCCUGUUGGCUUAGUCUCAGUAAAUCAUAUGCUUUUAAAGAAAAUUGAUGGAAGCGGCAGUGUGAAAAGUAUUAGAAAAAACGUUAUUUUGUUCGUGUAUUUUGAGGAUGAAUAA